UUUAAGCCUGAUCAGUACUACUAAGUACUUCCUCUGUCUUCAAUCUGCUGUUAAAUUAAGAUCAACAAUGGUGAGAGCUCCCUGUUGUGAGAAAAUGGGUCUUAAAAAAGGGCCAUGGACAUCUGAAGAAGAUCAAAUUCUAAUUAACUAUAUCAAUCUCAACGGCCACAGCAACUGGCGCGCCCUCCCCAAGUUAGCCGGUUUGUUGAGAUGUGGAAAGAGCUGUAGAUUGAGAUGGAUUAAUUACUUACGCCCGGAUCUUAAAAGGGGUAACUUUAGCAGAGAAGAAGAAGAUGCGAUCAUCAAGCUCCAUGAUAAGAUGGGAAAUAGAUGGUCUGCUAUUGCUGCUAAGUUUCCAGGAAGAACAGAUAAUGAAAUAAAGAACGUGUGGCACACUCACUUAAAAAAGCGAGUGUCCUCGACAUCAUCGAGUAAAGAUUCUUCGAACACGACAAGAACCGUGUCCCAAACGUCAACCAGCGAAGAAGAAGACUACAAUAUCAUCACAACCACCACAGAUGAAACCGCUAAUAAUAUUCUCCCGGAGGCUGACGAGAGUUUCUGGUCGGAGGUACUGUCGUCGCAGGACAACGCCGAUGUUAUCUCCAUCAAUAAAUUAGAUUCGCCGCCGACACGACAGUACUCUAUUGUCUCCGACAUCAUGACUUCAUCACCCACUAGUACCAGCAGCUGCCAAUUAUCGGCUGCUGACUAUUUUCCCUGUAAUUUUUGGGCUAACAACUCCGGCGAUAGUACGGGUUCGCCGCAGAUUUCGUUCUCCUCCGUCGUGGAUAUGGCGCCAUCAGCCGUGGGAACCAAUUUCUUACCGGAGGACGAGUUGGAGAUGAUGAGUAACAUGUGGCCGGAGGCGGCGGCGAACAACAUGAAUCAGAUGAAUCAAGAAGAGUAUGACUUAUGUCUUACUAAUGAUGACAUGGCGUUUUGGUACAAUGUUUUCACAAAAGCUGAUCAGGAGUUGCCUCAACUUUAGGUUUAAUUAAGUUUUUCUUU